UAUAUAUGUGUUGACUAUAUCCACCCAUCCCAUGCAUGCAAAGAAUCAUGCGCCGCCAAUUACCCUGUUACACCCCAUCUUUUUCUAAGCCGAAAUGACGAUUAUGCCCUUGGUCCAAAUUUGUCAAAUUUCACCGUAGUGUCGGAGAGGACUAAAUAUGUGAACUAUCGGUUCAAGCAGUGUCGAAUUUCGACAUCAAAUGAGAAAGUUACGGACAUUAAUUGAGUUUCGGAUUAAACUCGCUCGUAAAUUAGGAAAUGCCCAAAAUACCCCUUGAACUAAUUAAAACCCUACUACUUAAAUACCUAACUCGGCCUCACCACUACCAAUUAAACCCUACUCACCUAAGAAGAGCUAGUGGCAGCCGAGGCCACUUACACAAGCCCCUUUCUUUUACCCAUUGCUCACAAUGCCCGCGGCUGCUCAACUGCGUUCAUGUCACCACCAUCACUUGCCAUUACACCAUCAUCGUUGCAACACCAAGAACAAGCAAGCGUCAAGGUCGUUGAUGCACGUAGCUCGGAAAUGGUUAUAGCGUUCAUUGCAGCCGAACUCGAGAUGCCAAAUCGGUGGAAAGCGAUGGGAGGAAGAGAGGAGCGUUGGCUAGUUCGGCAUCACCGACGUUUUAGAGCUCCGUCCACGACCCGGCAUAGCCGACUUCGACCAUUCGUCAAGUGGUGGGUAUCAUCUCGUAGAGGGCAAUUCCAGGAUCGUCACCGUGUCGACGAAAUUAAAUUCCGACGUCGGACAAGGGAGAACCGAGCCUCCCAAGUUUGAGCAAGAAUCUGCCGAGUACAGGUACCAUUCGUGGAAAUUCAAAAAGUUAGAGGAUUAAGUGUGCAAUUUUCCAGAGAGGUCGUGGUCAGCUGUGUUGACUGGAAAAAUUGCAGUUUCGGUUCCUGGAACUUUUAAACUGACAGAAUGUUUAUUUUAGUUAUAACUCGAUCAAUUGACGUCCAAACGAGGAACCGUCUGCGCCUACGGAAUUGAAGAAGCGAGGGGAAUGUUAUAGGAGGGAGUUUUGUAAUUUUCAGAGUCAAAGCAGAGUCAUAUUUUCGAGGUGAGUGUAAAGUGGGUAAAUUCUACACCUUACGGUUUUUUUUCAAGUAUUUGCUUUGAGUAUUUUUAAGUAUUGAUUUACGUGAUGUGCGUGCAGUAUCUGAUUCAUGUUUGAUAUUGCAUGAUUAUGUGUAUGAUUGAUUAUUUGUGCUUUGCUUGAGUUAUGGUUUGAGAUGAUUUUGUGCUAUUUGAGGUGAUUUUGUUUGAGCUAUGCUUGAAGUGAAUGUUUAUAAAUUACUUUGAAAUUUUUACGAGUAUAAGUUAUUAUUAAAGAGUAAGAAACAAAUUCUUUUAAAGAAGUAACUCACCUUCAAGAAGGUGAAGUCAUUUUAAGUGUUUUUAGUCACUAGCGCCAGUCCGUUGCCAUUUGAGAUUUUUCAGAUAGAGCAGUAGUUAUGCUCUUGAGAUCUUUGAGACAGAGAAGCAGUUAUGCUCUUGAGAUUUUUAAGAUGGGCAGCAAUUAUGCCCUUGAGAAUCGUGGUGAAGAGCCACCACGAUAAGUUUAAGAUGUUAGGGGGAUGAAUCGUUACGACUUCCCUAACUAAGUUUAAGUUUAAGGAAAGCCUGGAUGGCUUCUCAUACGUAUGAGUUGGCAACUGGACUAGCUAGUGAAGGAUCCCAGUGUCAGUCAAGUGUUUAAGCCAAGAUUUGAGUUUUAAGAGAGGAGAGUAACUUCAACUCCCUCAAAGUUUAAGAGAUAAGAUUUUAAGAUUGGAAGUACAAACAACUUCCACUAGUUAAAGUUAAGUGUUUAAGAAAAAUUACUCAAGUAUGAGAAUUAUUAAAACGUAAGGGCGUAGACUGACCCCAACUCACUCACCAGUUUGAAGAGGAAGAAGCUAGAGGAGCAGUUAGAGAGCAGCGAGAUCGAGAGAAACAGUUCUAGUGAAGCUAGCUAGAGGAGGACGGUACGAGCGUCAUAGAGGAUGUCUAGUCAGAGUUUUGCACACAAGCAGCAACCUUGAGACUAGUUAGUUUUUAUGUUUUAUGAUUAUGAGUAUAGACUGGAGAUCAAGUUAAGUUUUUAAAGUUUGAAUCUAAUUUGCCCACAUGUUAGGGCUUUGCUUUGAACUACAAAUGUGUGUUUUCAGUAUUUUAUUUAUUAAAAUUUUUCCCAGUUGAAAUUUAAGAUUUGAGUACUUUAUUUAUCAAGGGCAUUUUAGUAAAAGUAGUACCCGGCCGGGUUAGGGUGUUUCAUACCCAAUUCCCAUGCAAACAAUCUGCAUAUUUCUACAAACUAGCGUGGCCCCGGCCAGUUGGCCGGAGGAAGGCGAGGUAUGGAAUUUGAUAAUGUAAUGGGGUGUAUAGCUUAUUGUUAUAUAGUUUUUUUGGGAAACACGUGAUAAAAAUAGUGAAUUUUAGCAGGAAAGAGACAUGAAUGAUGCAACGAAUAAAAAAUCGCCCUUAUGAACCAAAAUCAAGUACUUGUUACCCUGUGAAACAAUAUUGUUUCUGGUAAUAUGAUGAGGUGGAGUAAGUUUUAUAAGACCGAAUUCCAUAAAAUCGAAUAAAAAGUCGCCUAUCCCGUCGGUUUUCGGGAAAUGAGCAUCUCACAAUCGUUGCUAGCUUUUACUCGGCCCGUUGGCCGAUUAAUUUGCUUUAUAAAACUUUCAUCUUGUCGUCAUUGUGCUUUCUGAUUUUUGUCAGGCCAUGAUAAAAUCUAAGGAAAUCA